CCAAAAAACUAGAAACAAAAAUUGUUCGAAUAAGCAAAAUUAUAUGUAAAAGUAUAAACAGCAACUUACCUAAAACUAACGUUUCUGCUCAGCUGUUACUGUAGGAAGCAUAAAAGAUGAUCUUCGUCGUACCCACACGUUGGAAAAUAUUUUUAUAAAUAACGAAACGCUCAUCAUUGUCAAUAACACAUCGGAUAAUUUUAUCAAAAGCCAUUAAUACAUCGCUCAGAUCGAUAUUCAAGUAAUCACCUAUACAAAGGAACACAUACACGUGACAUAUCAGGCGCCUUUUAUCCAUAAAGGACGAUGACAAGUAAUUGAGAUGUGAUGCUUUUAAAAGUGUGGGCAAAACACCUACAGCUUGCCGAGAGUCUUAACGACACCUUAUACAUUUAUAUAAAUUCUUACCUCGGAAAAAGAAUGAAACAGUUUUGCGGUAAAAAUGAACCUGGUGCAUUAUUUUGUAACAUUGAAUACGAUCAUGUUAAUCAUACCAAUUAGAACCGAGACACCUUCGAUCCACGCUUUACUAUCGAAAAAAUGGAAAAUCUCUAAAACAUUGGCAAUGUGUUACGAACGAAUCAAAGUACAAAAAGCUCUACAACUAAGUCCGCAAUUGCAAAAGGAAUUCUGCUCUUAUUUAGUCGAAUUGAACCUGGACCACAGAUUGCCUACAGUAUCGAAAAAAACUUCCGAAUCGCUUUGUCAUUGUGACUUCGUGGAUGAAAUCAAAGACCUGGGAGCAGAUUAUAAUCCUCGUUAUAUACCGCAACGUAAAUGCAUCAAGAAGGAAUGCUGUGAUCGUGGAUUUUGUCGAGAAGUCGUGUACACAAUGAGGGUCCUGAAGCUGAAAAAUUCAGACAUACAAGAAAAUAAAUCGGUGACUAGUUCGCUGAAUCAUUGUUUCAACUUUGGCGUUGUUAAUAUUACAAUAGCUUGUCAAUGUUCUUGA